AUGGUUCUGGAGGAAAGAGCCCUACAGCUGUACACCGCGCCUUUUGGAGGACAGAGCCUACAAGCUUUCAAGUAUGGAUCCUUGACGCCGGCCUGGGCUUGGAAGGAGGAAGACCGCGCCUCCUUCGACGCAGAUCGCUACUAUGACUCCGAGCGCACGGCCGGGUACACGGAGCACAACAGGGGGUCGCAGGAGACUUUGGCCAGACGGACGCUUCAGCUGUGCUCCGUUCAGACGGAGAGCACGGACCAGGAGACCCUUCUUGCGGUGGACCUGGGCUGCGGCAGUGGGCUGUCCAGCAAGGCGGGCAGCCAAUGCCACUUGGCUGUCAUUGGUGUGGACCUGUCCUCCGAGAUGCUUCGCUCCGAUGAGUGGGAGGCGGAGAAGCACCUGUCACCCAUGUCGGGGGAACGCCUGCGCUGCGACCUAGCGCAGCCGUUGCCCUUCCGGAGCCAGGUCUUUGACCUCUGCUACAGCGUCUCAGCUGUUCACUAUUUGGCCACCGCUUCUGGUGCGGAGCAAAGGAUCCGCGCCUUGACUGGCAGCCUCCGGCGCAUCUUGGUGCCUGAGGCGCGGCCCGUGGCUCUGCAAGCCUACCUUACCCGGAGCUCGGGGGCGGUGGAGGCAUUCCAAGCAGCCGCCAGGAAGGACGGUUGGCUUUGCGAUUUGGUGGUGGACCAGUCACAUGGCCGCCCUGCGGAGAGGGACUACCUCUACUUGCGCAAGGGUGGGACGGAGCUUGCUCCCCGCUGCGCGCUGUACAGCCACGCGAAGGCUACCUGCGCUUUGGCGUUGGAGGCCUGGGCUCAGCGGCAAAAGGCGCCUUUGGUGAGGUUGGACGGCGCGCACAGAGCCUGGUUGGUCAGAGAGCAUGAUCGCUUUGCUCGGCGGCUCUUGCGCCUGCACAAGCGUGUCGCAGAUGGCGCCAGCCUGGACCAUGCGGCUCCCCCUGGCACCGAUGCGGCAGCGCUUGCGCAGCGCCUGGCGGGCAUCGAGGAGAUGGAGGAGGAGGCACGCUUGUCUGCCGUGCUGAGCAUCCUGCAUUCCUGA